AUGAUCUGAGUAUCCAGCGUCAUUCAGUAGUUAGAGCGUGGUCAUGAGUAAGGUACCGAAGGAUCUUCUGCUGCGGUCAUGUGCUGAUAUUAUUGAUUACAGCAACAAAGUGAAGAAACGGAAGUUUACCGAAACUGUUGAGCUACAAAUAGCGUUGAAAAACUAUGACGUUCAGAAGGACAAGAGAUUCACCGGGACUGUGCGGUAAGUUUAUGAACCCCUACCCAGGGUUCUAAAAUUGUGUGGGGAGGCCGAUCGCCGCAUAUUACAAGUCGGAUCUUAUUGUAGACUAAAGCACAUUCCACGUCCCAGAAUGUCUGUGUGUGUGCUUGGGGACGAACAACACUGUGACGAGGCCAAAGCAGCAGGAAUUCCAUGUAUGGAUGCGGAAGAAUUGAAGAAAUUCGGCAAAGAGAAAAAGCCGUUGAAAAAAUUCGCCAAGAGUUAUCACGCUUUUGUCGCUAGUGAAACCAUCAUUCGUCAGUUUACAAGGACAGUGGUUCCAAUCCUAACCAAGUACGGAAAGUUUCCAAGUGCAGUCACACACAAUGAGCCACUAAUGAAUAAAGUUGACGAAAUAAAAGCUACAGUCAAAUUCCAGAUGAAGAAGGUUCUCUGCCUGAAUGUCGCUGUUGGCCACGUAAAAAUGACUCCUGAGGAGCUGGCUCAAAAUAUCAACUUGUCAAUAAACUUCCUUGUAACGCUAUUGAAGAAGAAUUGGCAAAACGUCAGGUGUUUGUACAUUAAAAGUACUAUGGGUAAACCGCACAGGUUGUACUAAAUACAAUUAUAAUCGGGU